GAGAAUGCGCACAAUUUCAUUCCUGUCAGCAGGGUUUCCUCGGUGGGUGAAUGUGUGAUGAGGGAGCAUUAUGAUCAAGUCACAAACCAAUUUGAAGAUCGAGAGUUCAUCCUGAAUCAUCGUGGUGACUCAAAAUUGUGGCGUGAGAAUUGUGACGGCCACGCGAUGAAGGCUAGGCACAGCUCACUGAACUUCAUGGAGUCAGAUACGAAUCCGCCGCAGAAACGCCGCCGAGAGCUUGAUGACACAGGCUCAUUCGGACCCUCGCAAAAAGAACAUCGUCCUCUCAGUCUUGAGAAAGACAAAAAUGUCUGGAUAGAAGAUGGCAACGUCAUCCUAGUCUGCGAGACAGAAUCUCAACGGAUCGGGUUUCGAUUCUACAAGGGCCUUCUAUCGCAGCGAUGCGAGGUCUUCCAGGACAUGUUCUCAGUCUGCAGCACGUCUGACUCUGAAGAGACAUACGAAGGAUGUCCUUUGAUCGUCGUUCACGAUAGUCCGGCGGAUAUACGUCGUCUUUUGAUGUGUAUUGUGGAUAGAUACUUCGCCAAAGAUCUGGCGACCCUCACCUUCGAUGAAAUAACCAGUCUUCUCCGCAUGUCCACGAAAUACAUGUUUUCCCUCCUCCGACAAGAAAUUAUCGCUCAUCUGAGGGUCCUUUACCCUUCGACCCUCACCGAAUUUCUCUCUGAUACACGCCGGGAGCUUUUGAUCACGGACUUCAACAACGGCAUCCUUGGGGUCAACAUUGGACUAGAGUGCGAUAUUCCGGCAAUCCUCCCCGCUGCCUACUAUCUAUGUUCGACUAUGAAGCCGACACAACUCAUCGAUGGGAUCAAGAACGAAAAUACGGGCACGCUCGCCAAGUUAUCUCCAGAGGCAUACCGCUCUUUGGCCGGCUUUCAGGAAGCCUGGUCUGCCAGGGUCGCCGAAAUCGCGCGGGAUACUCGUCCACGAACGGCAUUCCUCGAUAUCGAUACUUGUAUCGCCGAAUUUCUGGAUUGUUUAUCAUGGCAAGACCUUUGCUGCCAAAACCCGACAUACCUAGAUGGUAGAUGCUUCUUCUCCUUCCGCGAUCACCUCAGCAUCAUGGAGGUGUGCAAGGACUGUGAGCGGAUUUUGGCCAGCAGGCGGACGAGGGUUCAGAAGCAUAUGUGGGAAUCUCUGCCAUCGUUCUGUCAGCUGGGGAGUUGGGAACAGUUACAGACAUGA